UUCCCAUCGCGUCAGGAUGGUGGAACACUGUUUGCCGGACGCGUUCGACUAAUCGUCACAGUGGAGUUCUGCUUAAUCGCAGCCUCGGGAGGGGGUGGUUCGAUGUUGGUCCCUCCCGUGGCCCAAAGUGGGACUGGGGAUCGUCCCGUGGGGGACACGGUGGCACGGGCUCAACAGACGACCGGCCCCGCUGCCGCUACGACGACCCUAUGGCCUUUAGCACCUGCGCAGCCCAAUCAGGUUCCCAAUCAACAGUCCCAGGGCAUACCACCUCUGGCCGCUACGCCUGCGCCCGCUCACAAUCAAGGUGCGAACCGCUACGGACUGUACUCGUUAUUUCCAGGGGGUGGCGGGGGCAGUUACGUCGCCGCCACCCCCGCCACCCCCGAGCAACCGAUGCCAGCACGGGCUUAUCACGCGACGCACAAGGUUUCAGAGAGCGUGUUUUCCGCGGCGGUCGGGGUUGGGGUGGGUGGCUACACCUGGGGUGCUCCCACGCCCCCACCGGGAUCGCCCUACAGCCCCGUGCCCGUGACACAGCUGGAGCUGUUGGCGAAAAAUUUGGCGAACCUGGCGCCCGCAGCCGCCACAGGCCAGCAGGCCCUAAGUCUGCAGGGUGUUGGCGUUAACGUGGCCGGUAGUCUGCAUCACGCGCAGCAUACGCAGCACACGCAGCACACCCUCAACGUUACCGGAAUUCAUCAUCUGCAUCACGGUGGCCUCCAUCAGAACACAUUCUCGCCUCAGCUGUCGCUAGUAACCGGCAGCGCACCAACAUUGACCAUCAACAACUUCUCGUCGCCCAACUCGACCAACGGUAUCGCGCCGACGACGGGUGUCCUCCUACAGGAAUAUCAACCGCCAGUGGCGGCAACAGGAUGUACCGUCACCGUGAACGGUUCGUCCUGUCUAACCAACACCAGCAGCACAACCAGCAGUAUGAUGGUGCACGGUGGUGUCGGCAGCGGUGGUAACCAGGCGAUCAGCAACCAGAUCGCCGUUCAAGCCACCGCCACGAAGAAACGUGAGGCUUUCCUUUCCAGUCAAGGCCAACCGGUGAAGCUGGAGAACAAAUCGACCAGGGCGUCGUGCCUCUGCAGGAACAGCAACGGAAAGACAAAGGUGGUGCAUUCAGAUAUGGGAUGCAGCAGGACACUACCUGUCGUCUCGUCCUGGAACGGACAGGAUAGCAGCGUUAGUACUAACAAUAGCACUGCUAACCUGACCGUAAAAAGGGAACCUUUGGCUUCGGUGCCCUGUCAAGUCGCAGAAGUCUCCACGUCCCUUCAUGCCACCACUACCUCUGUCAAGAUUGAACCCGUUCCACCAAAGUCCGAGAAUGGGAUAGCCGUUUCUAAUGCGGGAGCCAGUGGCAUACCGGUUGGCAUUGCUGUGGCGAGGCAGCGAUUGCAGCAUCAAGAAACUUCGACGUCUAUGCGCAAUGUGUCCUUAAGUCAUCACACGUCUCAUCACGCAACGAGUUAUCAUCAUUUCCAGCCGGACAGUCUAGGUUCCAGCACGGCCAUGGCGGUAGGCGGCACUACCCUGGUGCACUGCGGAGGGCCUGGAGGGGAGGAUCGUGCGGCCCACCUCGCUGCCAUUCCCUCCGGGGCUCUCGCGCCCUCGCUGAGCCUGAAUUCCAGUCUGAAUUCCAGCCUGAAUUCCACCCUGGGCAGCAUCAGCGGCGGUUUUUCAGCCGCAGCGAUGCCAACGGAGCCGGUCGGCUUUCCGCAGAUGGGCUCUGGGCUGCAAGGUGGAUUACAGUUAGUUCGCGAUCCAACGACCGGACACAUUCUCCUUAUCCACGCUGCGGAACAAAUGCAGCAGGCUCUAGUGUGGCCGAAUUACUCGAACCACAACAAUAAUGUUGCUCCACCGCCACUCCUGCUGCCACCGCCUCCACCCUCGAUACAACUUCUGGGUGAUAUCGGCGGCGCGCGAUUAGUGCUGACCGAAAACAAAAGAAAACAACAAAGCGCGCUACCGAUAGUAAAGAUUGAGACGGAAUGCAGCAACAGUCCAACAACCAUAAUCACAUCCACCGAGUCGUCAAAGACCGCCUUGCAAACCGUGACGUCUGUGACGGGCGCUCUGGUACCAGACGCAGCCCUGGUUACCACGUUGCAUUAUUACCCUCAAGCGCCGGCGCUGGUGCAAAUCAGCCAAGCCGAGCCUACUACUACGCACUGCAGGUCACAGGCCACAUCACCGGUCUCAUAUCUAACACCACCUCCGGAAAUAUCAGCGACGGUUCAUGCGAUCGAACCAUCGUCAUUCGGAGUUCAGGAUGCCUCAAAUCAAACCGAUGCUCCCGAAGACACCGAGGACAAGCAAGAGGCUCUCGUGAAGCAGGAGCAGAAUCUGAGUCCCUGCCAGGUCGCGUCCCAAUCCACGGGGACGAAUCUAACCGCUGCGAAUUUCGAGAUCGUGCCAUCGCCGACGGAGAGGAUCUGCAACGUCGUCAGAAUCACGACAACUACGACUACUGUAAAUCCAACCGUAUGCGGCAUCGUAACCAAAGUAGACAAGGCGGAGAACACAAUCAUUAAUAUGGCUGAUUGUGCUAAAUACUCGGCGAAAGAUGGGAGAGGUCUUGUGAAGGCGAUUGAGCAAGAUGCUCAUGUCGAGGAGGAAGUUUGCAAGGACGACAAGAUCACGCCUAUCUGCAGCAGGGGCAGCAGGCUCGGCGCUAGGAUCAUCGAGAUCACUGAAGAGAACUGUGAUAGUUUCCAUGAGAACUUGGAAUUCUUCGCAAGGAGAAAAGACGUCAACGUAGAUCAACGAGAUGAUUAUUCUAAAGACGAGGAGAAUAUUGUGCAAGAUCCUAAUAUUCAUGAAAAGGAGGUGGAAUCGAAAAUCAUUGAUGCUUCGGAGAAUAUUGACAUUCACCGUCAAAUGUGCUCUAAAACAUCGGAUACACCAGUCAUCAACGAGACAAAGUCAGAUGUAGCUGAUUCGACGGAAUUACCAAGAGUCAAUUGCGAGAGUUGCGACAAGAACCGAAAUACCUCAAACGCCGAAACCCGGCCUCAAAUCACAGUUAAGUCUUUCGACAUGCCUAAUAUUGAUUGCGACGAUCAGGAAGUGCAACAAGUAGCUAUCAAGCAGGAAACUGACGACAGUUGCUACGAAGUGUGCUAUGAAUCAUCUCAGUGCGAGCCAACGUCCACUAGCGACAGAUCUAGAUUUAACUGUGAGAAAUCACCGCAAGAACUGACGAAAAGACACUCAGUGGAAAAGUCCCACCAUCCAGGUAUUGAGAACGUAGUGGAAAAGCUGAAGAAAAAUGCGGCGGCUUUGCAAGAAGCUGCGAUACCUAACACUCAAAGAAUCGACGAAUCCAUGGAACGAUCAAACGUGGAGAUCAAACAGCAGAGAUAUUCUGAGACGAUACCGAAGAAGUUGCACCUUCUAAGAUCAUGCCAGAACUCUCUGGAGAAUGGCACGACCGAUAUCGAAAUCUCUUCCUCGCAAACUGCAAUAUCGGAGCAACAUAUUAACAAUCAAUCGGGACGACAUUCGCCUCAAAACGACAGACAUUUAACCGGUGAAUGUCUGCUUAACGAGAACAAUAAUGACAGUAGAAGCAAUAACAAUAACAUCAAGGCGUUCGAGGAUAAAAAAUUGCUAGCUAAAAACGAGAAGAAUGUCUCCCAUGAUAUCACUGCUUACGUUAAGCCUAAGACUGUCUGGCGCUGUGAGGUGCAACCAUUCUCGAGGCCCAAUGUGACUCGUAAGUCCGAUCAUGUCGAAGACGUGUCUUCAGAGACAAAGUCCAGAAUACAAGGACAAAAGCCUGCCAUUGACGUGAGCGGUCUCGAAUUACUGUCAAACAGCAUCGAGCAAUUGGAACAACGAAUCGGUCAGCCGGAACAUUUACAACUGGACACGGAUGUCGAAAAGUCGCCUGUUAGAAGCAAACUGGUAAGUCAGCAGAGUGAGAAUAAUAACAACGUCGGCAGUCCCCUCGGAUUACUCUGUGCACUGGCCGAACAGAUUAUGGAGGUAGGCGACAAGAUUCCCCGGAAAUUAAACCUCGAAAGUUCGGAGGAAAUCUCACAGGCCGGUAGAUUACUGUUGAAUCUGGGCAGAAGUGGUUCUCUCGAAAAAGAUGAAAACAAAAGAAAGUAUAUUGAGACUGAUGAUUACCGUUCCAAACGAUUCAAGCUCAAUGAUAGCGAAGAGGAGACUAAGAAUGCGUCGCUAAAUUAUCACGAGAAAGAUAUCAAAGAACAAACAAUGGAAGUUAAUGAAAGAAAGCAAGAUGUUUUGGAAACAAAAGAGAGUAUAGAUAACAUUGAUAAUUUCUCCGAGGAGGAGAUCAAUAAAAUCAACGAUGAAAGAACUAUCAGCUCAGAAGAACAAUCUUUCAGCAGAGACGAUGAAGAUUGUUACUCCAAUACAAAGGCUGUUAAAAAUCUCCAAGCUCUUUCGGAUAAAAUACCUAAUAAUUUACGAAGUACUGAUGCGCUUUACGAUAAACUCGAGAAAGAAGACAAUCUGUCGGACUCGGAGAGUGAAACAUUCGAGUCAAAAGUCGUGUCUGAACAGUUAACGAGCUGCGAAAUUAGAAAUAACAAGCGUAAAACAUCCGUCGAAGAGAGAGACGCAAGGGACAACCACGACUAUAAAAACGCGCGAGCAAAGUUAGAAGCGAAGAAGUUCAUAGCCAAGAAAGGAAAUCGCGAUAACGAGGACGACUGGCCAAGCAUGAACGCCACAGAACUGGACAUGAGAGUUAGGAUGGCGGAUAUUCAGAGACAAUAUAGAGAAAAACAAAGGGAGCUUUCCAAGUUGAUUCCUAAAAAGGAUGAAAAGAAAACUCCUGGUAGACCGCGGAAGAAGAGUCAUUCUUCCAUUAGUUCCGACCACGGGACGUUAUCAUCACCACCUGCGCUAGAUCUCAUGACUUCUCCGUCGCGAAAAUCACCCUCGAGAGCAUCAAGAUCACCGGAGCCUGGUGCAUCUUCGCCAUUAACUUCGGCUGUUCUAACCAUGCCAAAGUGUAACGUGAAUCUCGUGAAACUAGGCGAGCCCAGAAGCCACAUAAAACUUUUGGAUAGUAUACCCAGUAUUCCGAUAUCAGUACCGCCCGUGACAUCACCAAUCCCAAUGUUACCUGGUAAAGCAACACCAGAGGAUGACGAAAAAAGUACGGGAACGGUGGGCUAUGAUACGUCAUCACCAGCACCGACUGUCGCAAGCUCGACGUCCGCUUCGAAAAAGAGAAAAGUAGGACGACCACGAAAGCUCACGUGCACCUCGGGUAGUGUCAGACAUUUAACGGAGACAAUCGUUGCUAAGAAACCUAAAAGUAAGAGUUCUCUAGUGGGUUACGUACUGUCCUCUAAGAACAGACACCUACAAACAAAGCAAUGUAUAAAUAAUAAAACCGGCUACACGCCGUUGCCAUUCAAAUCAGGAGUCUCUUCCCCGAAGCCACAAGCUAAGAUACAAAAAGUUACAAAAAUGAAGACAAAGCCAGCAAAACAAACUCCGUUGCACAACAAAAAUGUGAUCAGCUCGAUUAUCGCCGAAAAAGCAAAGCUAAGUCAAGAAGUGAAACUUGAGAAGCAUAGUAGUAAAAUAAAACCGAAGCUCAAAGCGGAGGUGAAAGUAAAAAAUUGGGAGGACGACGAGAACGAUACGAUACAACCCGAAAAUGUUCUACCUAACGAACCUAUAGUUCAAAAUCCUGUCAAGGAGACAGAAUGCGCACCGAUAGAAUCUGCAGAACAGUCAGAGGAACCGGAAAAAUUACGACAUGAGAAGUCGAAGAAGAAGAAGCGGAAAUCCAGUUCGUCCCAAUCGCCGAAUCGUGAUAAGAAAGAGUCUAAGCGACGCAAAUCCCUGGAGUGCAAACAGUGCGCUAAGGUAGCUGCGAGGACUUCUGAAAGCAUUGUCAGCCGAUGCAAGUUAACGUCUGCUCAUCUGGCCAUCGAUCAGCUGCGAGUUCUCAUGGCGAUAGGUGGGCUCUUCUACGCAGGCAGACUGAGUGCUGUACAAGCACCUGAUGUUUAUGCUAUUACGCUAGAUGGCGAACGUGGAAACAGACCGCAUAUUCACUCCAGAGAAGAGAUCCUGAAAGACGCGAUUGUGGAAGUGUGUCCGAGUUCGACGAAAGAGCUACCACCCGGUACGAGACUAUGCGCGUAUUGGAGUCAACAGUAUAGGUGCUUAUACCCGGGAACUUCUGUGAAACCUAUAGUACCUGAUCCACAACAAGACGAGAAAUUUGUUACCGUGGAAUUCGACGAUGGAGACAGUGGUUUAAUUGUCUUGGACGACAUCAGACUUUUACAACCUAAUUAUCCUGUCGUAGUGUACGAUCCGAAUCCUCUACUCUCAUUGGGCAAACGACGACGGCAAACAUCAACUUCGGAAGACAAACGUUCCGUGAGCAAUCAAAUUAUUACAUCAAACAGUCACAACGUUCCGUCGACAUCUCGGAAUGUGGCAGCUAGCAACAACAGCUUCGCCACAUGUUCAUACGUUUCUAACAUAGAAUUGAUAAAUGCCAACGAAUGCGCCGAGGCUGAGACUGAAACGAAUGUUGAAACGAGCAGUACGAGCGGUACGGAAUAUCGUAAGAAGAAGCACAUGAAGAAAAUAAAAAAGAAUAGGAAGCUAUUAGAGGCUCAAGAAGGCAAGAAGAAGCACAGAAAGCAUAGGUCCUGUAAGGAGCAUCGAAAGCAUAAACACAGAAAACAUCGAAAGCAUAAACACAGGCAUCAUAGUAGCGUUGGCGACGCGAACAGCGUAAGCAAUCAAGAGAACAGCUGGGAGCAGAGGAAUGAGGAAGAAGCAAUUACAGAUUUGCCGAAUACAAAUUUCUCCGCUAUCGAGGAGACGAGGUUGUCUGAGGAAGAUGAUGAGACUGAAGAAUCGUUAGUAACUACUCAAAAAGAUAACGAGGCUCCAACAGAGCUUGAAGAACCGUCAGAACUAGUCCAAAAAGAUGACGAUGUUCAAAUGGAAUCAAAACCGUCGGAACCCAUUCAACAGACUCAAGCAGAGCCUGAAGAAAAAGAACUUGUCCAACAGACUCAAGUAGACUCGGAAGAAACGGAACCCGAUGACCGACAACCUCAUCAAGUUUGCGAUGAGCCUCAGACGAAGUCCGAAGAAUUGUCAGAAGAUGUUCAAGCGGACAAUGAGGAACCUGAGGAACCUGAAGAACCUGAGGAACCACCAGAACCCGUCGAAAAGAAGUUAAAGAUUCAGCAGAAGGCACCGGCAAAUCGUUCCUCAAAUCGUGUCUCGAACAAUCGCACUGCAAACCAAGCUUCGACGACUUCCGCUUUGACAACUCGUGGUUCCACGAAUCGCACAACAACGAAUCGCGUUUCGACGAAUCGCACAACGACGAAUCGCGCUUUGACAAGACACGCUUCGACGAUACAGAGUUCGACGAAUAACAGCUCCGCGAGUCGAGGCUCGAAGAAUCGCGCUUCUAAUCCAACAACUGUGGCCAACCCAUCGAAUCCCGUCGAGACUCCCAGUCCAAUAGCCCGGAUGUUGCCUAACAAACGCCAUUGGAAAUGGGCGAGCAGCAGUCGAGUAUCUGGUGGAAAUCAAUAUUUCACAGCUAUACGACGCGGCAGAGAAACGAUAAAUAUAGGCGACAGUGUAUUGUUUUACUCCUAUCGAAAACCUCACGAAAAACCCUACAUCGGCAAGAUUGUGUCGCUGUGGCUGAACCAGAAAUUAGAGAUGAGAGUCAGAUCUCAAUGGUUCUACCGUCCCGAGGAGUUACAACCACCCUGCAGCCUAAAUCCUCCGGGCGGUUUGUUCGAAUCGAAGCAUAGCGAUUCAAAUGAUGUGCAAACGAUUUCCCACAAAGUAAUGGUGCUACCACUUGAAGAUUAUAAUAAGAUACUGCAAGCGUCGCAGAGACAUCAAAAGGGUUACGAGGACAACGACCCUUACUAUUAUUACGCCGGCUUUUAUACGCAUCCAACGGUAACUUAUGCACCCGGCGUUACGGCUGUUUUAAAUGAAUGAGAACAGCUUAAGCUGACGAUUAAGUUAGCCGGAAUUACUUAAUCGCGGUCAGCUAACAAUUUUGCGAAAUUUUCGAUGCGACAACCGUUUAAAAUGAACGGCUCUCUUUUUUUCGGAGGAAUACAAACUUGAAAGCUUAUAGUUGAUACGCUAAUAGAAACGUAGGCGAUACGUUACACGCAAAAAGAAUGAAAUAUUUCUUUAUUCACGUCUUUAUUACGUCUUUUUAUCGCGAGAGCGUUGCUCAUUAAGUCUACAAGGCACAAGCAUUACUUCAUUCUGCAAGAUACUUAACAAAACGAUAGUUUUUUUCAGAAUAAGAAGCUUAUUUAUCAUCUAAUAGCAUUAGAUUCAUUUAA